ACGAAUUGUCUUUUGUCUCCAUAAUUUUUAUUUGUCAUAUUAAAUUGCAUCAUUAAAGAGACAAAAUUUGAUAAUGAUCCACUUUUCUUCUCUCCUAUUUUUCCACCCCCGAAUAAUUCUUGAAGUUUCUGCUUCUUUAUUUACUUUUUAUUAUUAUAUGUUCAUCUUUAUUUUGGAUUAUAUGCUCGCUAUUGUAACUUUUGCGUUUUUUCUACUUGGAAAAUUAAUAUUUAUAGUCAAUGAAAAUUAAAUACUAUAGAUAAUCAAUGAGGUGUCCUUCAUCCAUACGGUGGGUAUAAUGAAUGAAUUAUUUAUAAUCCAAUUACUGUUUUGUCACAUUGUUAGAAUUUUGUAGGUCUGAGUGUUGGUUGAUAUUUUUUUUCUUCACAACACUAAUAGUUCAUGAUAUUCGAAAGUCAACAGUAAGCAACACCUGAGAAAGUUAUUAGUUGCAUAUGAUUGGAAAGCAAAAAAAAAAAAAAACGCCGAAAUUGUAGUUUGGUUAAGAUUUGUCUUUAACAAUCAUAACUCCGAUCCAAAUGAAAUAUAGGGACAGACUUAAAAGCCAAUGGGCUAAUAUUAUGAUGGACUAUAGUAAAGGCUAAGAAACCUGAGAAACUUGUGUGAGGAACAUCAGAUGGUCCAAAUCCAAUGUGUUUUGCGUUGGACUUUUUGUUAUUCUUCACCUCCUGACAGCAUAAUUCUUUGCUCGGAAGAUGAUUUAAACAGAAACAUAUAAAGGAAUGAAAAAAGUUGGGAUACAUUUCCCUAAAGCAGAAGCAAUAUAAAAAUGCUUGAAUUAGAUAGCUUCACUCUCACGUCAUAUUAUUUCUAUAUCCUCCUUUUGUGAUCUUAUAUAAAUCCCUAACCUCGUUGUAACAAUCCAUGUGCACAAUUAAAUAUGUUCAAAGAAGCAACGUGCCUUUAAUCCAAAUCUCGUUAUCACUUAUAUACAAUUAUCAGCAUACAUGGCCAAGGAGAAGGAACCGCUGAUGGAGGAUCUAGAACAAGGAAUACAGCUAACCAGUGAGAAUGAAACCGGCGGGUCUGGUAACGUGGGUAGGUGGAGCGAAGGAUUUCAUGAUCCAUUGGUUCCUAAACACGGAGCAGCUGAGAAAGCAAAGGUUCUUUCGGUCACCACUAAACCGUAUAAACCGGUUCCUUGCUCUGAAUCUGAGAUUUCCGGUAUAUGGCCUUCUUCAUUUAGCGAGUAUUGUUGCAUCUAUAGAGUACCUAACCGGUUAAGGAGAGUGAACCCAGAUGCAUACACUCCUCAAAUGCUUCUCAUCGGUCCACUUCAACAUUCUAAGAAAGCUAAAGCCCUUGAGCUCUCCAAAACCGAUUUAAGAUAUUUGGACUAUAUGAACAUGGAACUUCACAAGGAGAAGUACCUUAAUGCUAUUGCAAAUAAAUAUGGAGAACAAAUUAUCGAAGUUUUCAGGAAAAUCAUAAGAACAAGUGAGAAAUUUAUAAGAGAAAGCUACGCCGAGUCAACGGAGUGGAUCAAAUCCCAAGAGUUCGUGGAAAUGAUCCUCCUCGACUCGGUGUUCAUACUAGGGUUCUUUAUUCAGACUGAAACUACUCAAAACAUCAAGAAGAAAGAAGCAAUUCUUUUCCAUGAAGAAGAUAUUCUUUUCCAGGAGCCUUGUCUCAUAACCACUAUUUUAGAAGACCUAAUCUUGCUCGAGAACCAACUCCCUUAUGUCCUUUUAGAGGAACUCUCUAUACAUUUUUUCGCAAAUCUUAAAACCAAGGAAACUUUCCGUGACAUUAUCCUUCGAGCUUUCAGGUUAAAAGGAGAGGUCAAAGAAGGAAUGAAUUUCCGACAUUUUACAGAUUUGUUCCGACGUGUCCUUGUGGAAACACUUUGUUUGACAAAAGAACAAAUCAAAAGCGCAAAGGAUAAGCCACCGGAGAGCAUAAAGAGUCUGCACAACGCAGACAAACUAGACAGUGCUGGAGUGGAUUUUGUGCCUCUGGAAGAAAAAAACAAUUUAUCGUUGGUGAUUACUUUCGAACGGGGAAUCUUGGAAAUACCUUGUUUCUUAGCGGACGACAACACCGAGAGGAUUAUGAGGAACUUAAUGGCCCUCGAACAAUGUCAUUACCCUCUCACUUCUUAUGUUUGUAACUACAUAGCCUUCUUGGAUUUUCUCAUCGACACCGACCAAGACGUUGACUUGCUCGUCAAGAAAGGAGUUAUAAAGAACUGGUUAGGACAUCAAGCAUCGGUGGCGGAAAUGGUGAACAAGCUGUGUUUAGGGCUUGUGGAUUUUGGAUCUCACUAUUACGAUAUAGCCGAUAGACUCAACAAACACUACGAGAACCGUCGCAAUAGAUCCAUCGCCACACUCCGGCGAGUUUACUUUAAAGAUCUUUGGACCGGAACUGCCACCAUUGCCGCCGUCGUUAUCCUCGUGUUGACUUUGAUUGGGACUGUGGCUUCCGUUCUCCAAGUGACGCAGAAGGAAAAAUAAUUCUCCACCGCCUCCGUCUCUGUUCUGAGGACCAUAGAUUGUCUCUUGUUAUACACGAAACAAAAACAAUAUUUGCUUCUUCUUUUUUUUUCUCUCAUGCAAAACUAUGUUUAAUUUGUUUUUCUCUUUAGCUCGACUUGGUUCAACAAAUAAUGUUUCUUUUUCAUAUUGUUUAUUUAUUCCAUCAUGGCUAACGUCAUCUUUCCAGGUUGA